AUGAUUAACUCAGCAGUGGCAGCCUCCAUGGAGAAGGCUAUAGCCAAGUUAUUGGUCCAGAACCCGAGUGGGGACCCUAAUACUAAAGACCCACAUAGGUCUACAGGGGAAAUUGCCACUUCUAAGCAUCACUGGAAGGGCAGUGGCCCAGCCCCCCCGGAAAGCGAAGGGCAAGGCCCCACUGAAGAGGAGCCGCCAGACAGAACGCCAGGGCCCUUCAUCCCCUCCGAUGAUGAGGAACAUAAUCCUCCACCCUCACUGGAGGUUAUGGACUAG